AUGGCCAACCAAUCCACUGUGACGGAAUUCCUUCUGAUGGGAUUAUCUGAUAAUCAUGAUAUGCAAAUUCUGUAUUUUGCAAUGUUCCUUGUCAUUUACUUAUUAGCCUUAAUUGGAAAUUUCCUUCUUGGUGUUGCUGUGAUCCUAAACCAGCAACUUCAUGCUCCAAUGUAUUUCUUUUUGGUAAAUUUGUCAUUCUCUGAUGUUUGCUUCAUCUCAACUACGAUCCCUAAAGCCAUGGCUACUUCUUUGACAAAUAACAGGGAUAUCUCCUAUGUUGGAUGUGCUGCUCAGGUCUUUUCAGUUUUCACAUUUGGAGGUUCUGAGCUUGCCUUGCUGACUGUCAUGGCUUAUGACCGCUAUGUGGCCAUCUGUCAACCUCUGCAAUAUACACUAAUGAUGAACUGGGAUGCCUGUUUACAAAUGGCAGCUGCUUCCUGGAUAAGUACUUUAAUCCAUGCUUUGCUACACACUAUUCUCACUUUCAGGUUAAAUUUCUGCAAAUUCAAUAGAAUUGAACAAUUUUUCUGUGAUAUUCCUCAUCUGCUAAUUAUUUCUUGUAUUGAUACAAGAAUUAAUCAGAUUUUGAUUUUGGUUAUAGGGAUUACUGUAAACUCAUUUUGUAGUGGGCUCAUUUUUAUUUCCUAUGGCUACAUCUUCUCUGCUGUACUGAAAAUCCCUUCAGUUCAAGGCAGAUAUAAAGCUUUCUCCACAUGUAUUCCCCACCUGACUGUCUUUUCUUUAUUUUUGAUCUCUAUUCUCUUUGCAUAUAUGAGGCCCCAAAAUGUUUCCUCCCACACUUUGGACUUGCUCUCAGCUGUUCUCUACACAGUUUUGCCCCCACUCCUCAAUCCCUUCAUUUAUAGCUUCAGGAACAAGGACAUCCAAAAGGCUCUGUGGAAAAUGCUAAAAAUAAAAGUGAAGUAA